AUGCCAACACGGAUCUUCUCCUUGCCUUUCAUUGUGAUACCGAAGUACAAGUACAAGUUUCUCAAGGCAACAACGGCGAAUAUUCCGGGAAACGUGGUGAGAGAAAACAGGGGAAGCAAGAUGACGAUAGGGAGAGGAGGAAUGUUGAAAGUUCGUCACUUGGUUUUGGUUGCUAAAGCUUUAGCGCCACAUGUUGAGUCUGCAGGGUAUCAGCCUCCCAGUCGCAUUGCUUUUAUAGAGUUCUUUGUGAAGCCUGAAGAGCCUUCUGAUUAA